UGGAGCACGUGUCUUCAUUUCUCAUAAGCCAAAGCUAGAAUCUCGCCCCCCUGGAUGCGGAUUUUCAGGCCGGGGAAGAGGCCCAGCCAGCUUGUACUGAGAUGAUUGCACACCCUCUGGUUCACGGGGGAAGGUCACACGUUGUGAUCUUCCAGCGCUGCUUCUGGUUUCUACUUUGUCUCUUGGGGUGAACAAGACAGACAGGCCGGCCAAGGCUACGGGAACAUGUAAGAGCGAUCCUCUCCUGGCCCGCUUGUGCAGGCUGUGGGCUAAAUGCAACCCGGAGGGGCGGCUAUAAAUAGCCAUUCAUUGUCAGUGUGUGUGAAAAGACAAGAGUCAGUGCGCAGGUCUGAUUCAGCCGCAAUUAAACGGCUGUCUGGGCGGGACUGUAAAGGAAGCUGCUACAGCUAGGAGUCAAAUCCGGAGGCAACGCCAGGGGCUGGACACUCACGGAAGGGAAGCAUUUCAACGCUCGAGUUGCCACUUGCUAUGGCAAAAAUCAUUUUGAGGCACCUCAUAGAGACCCCAGUGCGCUACCAGGAGGAGUUUGAAGCUCGAGGCUUGGAAGACUGCAGACUGGAUCAUGCUCUGUACGCACUGCCCGGGCCAACCAUCGAGGACCUGAGGAAAGCCAGAGGCACAGGUACGCCACAGGCUCUUGCAGAGGACUCAGCCUCCACCGAGACGCGGCCUGGAGAAGGCAAAUGCCGCUUCCAGAUCCUGCUCGAUGUGGUCCAGUUCCUGCCCGAGGACAUCAUCAUCCAGACCUUCGAGGGCUGGCUGCUGAUCAAGGCACAGCACGGAACCAGAAUGGACGAGCACGGGUUUGUAUCGCGGAGUUUCACCAGACAGUACAAACUGCCAGAUGGAGUCGAAACCAAAGACUUGUCUGCCAUCCUCUGUCACGACGGAAUCUUGGUGGUGGAAGUAAAGGAUCCACAACGGACCAAGUGAAUGCUUUUUGGUUCCUGUUCAUACCUCAGGAGGAAGAUGAAAGCCAGGGACAGCCGGGAAUGCUUAAACUUUAAAGAUAGAUCGCUGUAACUUGUAGGAGGAUUAAAAAUGUAUCCACAGCUCCUGGUAUGUGGAGGUUGUCUUUCUUAUUGGUAGCCAGAAAGGAAGGUUUUCAAACGUGUCUGUGCAAUUAGAAGUGAUGCCGCUUUUACAGUGAAACCAUCAGAGAACUAUCAGACUCUGGUUGGUACUAGAGAGUGAUCAGCGUUGUUUUUUAAUGAGUCUAAAAUUCCAGAGAGGCCGUUUGUACAACCUGUGGCAAACUAGCCAUAGUCAGUAAAGAGAUACGAUUCUUACUCACUGGAUGAAAAGUUUC